AUGUUGCAGGCCUUCCAUGUGAAAUGCGGAUUUAUCUGCCAAUCCCCUGGUCUACAGUGUUCUGCUCCUUGUGAGAUCAUUGGUUCUGUGUUUGCACUGCAUCAUAUGAGCCAUCUACUGGAUGUCCUUGCAUCGUCCACUCCCCACUUGUAUACUCCUAUGACUGGAUAUGAUGACUUACCUAUACAUCCACUUCCAGGGACAUCCUUUACAUCUUCUCUUGACCAGUCCAAAGAUUUCUUGGACCUCAGCUUUUUGCCUGAUGACCUCAACCAGGACAAUGAAGAUAAAACUGAACCACAGUCUCAACAAUAUCCAUCUCUAUCUGGAGAGCAGGACAGUGGCAUUGGCCUAAGUCAUUCAACACUGUGUGAGCCAUUUACACCAUCUGAAUGCAUAGAUGGAGGGCAAGACAACUCACUCUUGUGCAACAUGCCUAUCACUCCUAUGACCCCAAUGACUCCAAUGACCCCAGUUUCAGAAAGUUCUGGGAUAGUUCCUCAAUUGCAAAAUAUAGUGUCUACAGUGAAUUUAGCCUGUAAACUUGAUCUGAAGAAAAUAGCUCUACAUGCCAGAAAUGCAGAAUAUAACCCUAAGAGAUUUGCUGCUGUGAUAAUGAGGAUUCGGGAGCCCAGGACCACAGCACUUAUUUUCAGCUCUGGAAAAAUGGUCUGUACUGGAGCAAAGAGUGAAGAACAAUCCCGGCUAGCUGCAAGAAAAUAUGCACGAGUGGUACAGAAACUUGGGUUUCCUGCAAAGUUCCUGGACUUCAAAAUACAGAACAUGGUAGGAAGUUGUGAUGUGAGAUUUCCAAUAAGACUGGAAGGAUUGGUAUUAACACACCAACAGUUUAGCAGCUACGAACCAGAAUUGUUCCCAGGUCUCAUUUAUAGGAUGGUGAAACCAAGAAUUGUUUUGCUUAUAUUUGUGUCCGGAAAAGUUGUAUUAACUGGUGCCAAAGAGCGUUCUGAAAUAUAUGAAGCUUUUGAAAAUAUAUAUCCUAUUCUGAAAGGUUUUAAGAAAACUUCAUAA